AUGACCGGUUUCUACCAAGAUGGCCCACAGUUAGAGAAUCAGUACCACGACGAUGGGCUGUUGCGGAGCUUUCUCGAUCGUGUUCUGGAAGGGAAAGCACGGAAAGAAGUCGAGAAUGACCUGGCCCGAUUUGCCGAUCGGCUGUUGGGCGACGUGGGGGAAAUGGCCGCCGAUGCAGAGGCCCAUCCGCCGGAGUUGGUGCAGUUCGACGCUUGGGGGCGUCGUAUCGAUCACAUCGAAACCGCCCGCGGGUGGCAGGAACUGGAACGCGUGAGCGCGGAAGAAGGUCUGGUGGCGAUUGGUUACGAUCGCAAGCUGGGAUCGGCCUCGCGGGUGCAUCAGUUCGCCAAGCUGUAUUUGUUCAAUCCGUCGUCAGCCGUGUUCUCUUGCCCGUUGGCGAUGGCCGAUGGUGCGGCGCGGUUGAUUGAGGUAUUGGGCGAUGAUGAGUUGAAGCAGAAUGCGUUGGCCCAUCUGACGAGCCGCGAUCCGGCGGAGUUCUGGACCUCGGGCCAAUGGAUGACCGAACGCACGGGUGGUUCGGAUGUGGGGCGUGGAGAGACCAUCGCCCGGGCCGAUGGCGAUGUCUAUCGGUUGUACGGUAGCAAGUGGUUCACUUCGGCCACCACGUCGCAGAUGGCGAUGACGCUGGCCCGAAUCGAACCGCCGGGAGGGGAAGCCAUGCCCGGUAGUCGGGGGCUGAGCCUGUUCUAUGUGGAGACACGCGACGCCGAUGGGCAACUCAACAACAUCGUGAUCAAUCGACUGAAGGACAAGCUGGGGACCAAGGCACUUCCCACGGCCGAACUUGAACUACAAGGAACCGUGGCCAAGCUGGUGGGCGAACCGGGACGUGGGGUAGCGAACAUCACCACGCUGGUGAACGUCACGCGACUGUACAACGCGAUCAGUUCGGUGUCGCUGAUGCGGCGGGGAUUGGCGCUGGCCCGCGAUUACGCCCGACGUCGGGUGGCGUUCGGCCGGCAGUUGGCCGAUCAGCCGCUACAUGCCGAGACGCUGGCCAACCUGGAAGUCGACUUCAACGGCUGCUUCUUGCUGGCAUUUCGGGGAAUCGAACUGUUGGGCCGCGAGGAAUGUGGCGAGGCGAGCCCUGAUGAGUCGGCCGUGCUGCGGCUGCUGACGCCGAUCGUCAAGUUGUUCACCGCCAAGCAUUGUGUUGCUUCGGCCAGCGAGAUCCUCGAAUCAUUUGGCGGAGCCGGCUAUGUCGAGAACACGGGCCUGCCGAAACUACUGCGUGACGGGCAGGUGCUUUCGAUCUGGGAAGGCACGACUAACAUUCUGAGCCUCGACUGCCUGAGGGCCAUCGAUCGCGAAGGGGCUUUGGUGCCAUUCCUGGCUGAUAUUCGUAAAAAGGUGGCCGCUUGCACGGUCGAUGAACUGGAGCCCUGCACCCGUCGGAUCAACGAGUCGCUGGAAAAGAUCGAAGCGUAUCUUCCCGAAGUGAUGGCGGAGGGGCGGGCGUCGAUCGAGGCUGGGGCACGACGCUUCGCGUUUGCGUUGGCUCGAACCUAUGCCGCGGCGCUGCUGGUGGAACAUGCCGGCUGGAUGAUGCAAGAACGGGGCGAUGGACGAGCCUGUGUAAUCGCACGGCGGUGGUGCCAGAAUGAUUUAGCACAACUCGACGUGCUCGAUGCCGAUUACCUGCAACAUACGCAAUCGCUGGCGAUGGACGAGCCGCUGACCACGAAGAUCGCCCAACAGCGUUUCAGCCCAGAAAAGCCUGGGGAACUGUACACCCUUCUUCACUACGAACGCGAUUUUGCCGAUCGACAUCUUCUGCACGAAGUUGUUUCGAAGUGGGCUCGCGAGACGCCCGAUCAUGUGGCGAUAGCCGAAUUCGACACCGGCAAAGAGUACACCUACCGGCAGUUGGACAACAUCACGACUGCCGUGGCGAUGAAGCUCAUUGAACUGGGUUUUCGGCCGGGCGACUUCUUCGCCACCUCGCUGCCGCUUACGGCUGAGCAUGUGUUCUUGGAGUACGCCUGCUUCAAGAUCGGCGUGGUGCACGCACCGCUCGACUUGCGGUUAAAAGCCCCCGAGGUGAUUCGCUCGCUGGGUCUGGUCGAGCCGAAGGGGUACGCGCUGCUGGGUAAGACGCCUGUGGCCGACUUCGGCGUGUUGGGCAUGGCCGUGAAGGCCGAGUGUCCUUACAUCGAACACUUCCUGCAGUUCACCGCGCCGGGCGACGAGAUCGAAGGGGCCCUCUCCGGCGUGAAAGUGUUUGCCGAAGCGAUCGCCAAGGCGAAUGAUCCGCACUGGGAUCCGUCAGUCGAAAAGCCUUGGGAAGCCUAUCAAGACGCGACUGACUCGGUACGUGAAACCAACGGGGCCCAGGUGAUUUACACCACCGGUUCCACGGGCUUUCCGAAGCCGGCGUUGUUGUCGCACCGCAACAUCACGUGCCAGAACAUGUGUCUGGCCGGCGGGUUCGACAUGAUGGACAACUCGAUCAUGCUGGUGAAUCUUCCGCCCUCGCAUGUGGGUUGCCAGGCCGAGCAAUUGAUGACGACGCUUUUCUCCGGUGGCACGGCGGUGAUUCUGCACAUCUUCGAUGCGGAGAAAUCGCUGCAGGCCAUCGAGAAGUACAAGGUGAAUUCGUUUGGUCAGAUUCCAGCGUUGUUCGCAAUGCAAUGGCGAUUGCCCAACUAUAAAGACUUCGACCUUUCGACCUUGAAGUUUGCGCUCUACGGCGGGCAGCAGGUCUCGCGGCAGUUUCUGGAACAACUGAGCAAGAUGGCUCCCAAAUUCGGCACCGGUUUGGGGCUGAGUGAGAUGGCCGGAUUUGUGACGUACAGCCCGUUGGACGGAACGGUGGACGAUUUGCUGGCGGGCGUAGGAUACGACAUGCCGGUUACGCCGCUGACGAUUCGCGAGCCGAUGAAGGCCGACGGCACAGCGGGCGACGAACUGCCCGAUGGGGAGCCGGGCGAGAUCUGCUUCAGCGGGCCGCAGGUGUUCAUCGAUUACGUGAACAAUCGCGAGGCCUACGAAAAGACGGUUUCGAAGGACGGGAUCUGCUACACCGGUGACCUUGGUUACAAGACCGAAAAGGGGCUGAUGUUCUCGGGCCGUUCGAAGUUUGUCAUCAAGCCCAAGGGCUACCAGGUACAUCCUGCGCAGGUUGAGCAGCACUUUGCGUUGCUUACCGAGAAGGUGGCUUGCUGCGGGGCGGUGGGCAUGUCGCAUGAGGUGUUCUCUGAGGCGAUUGUACUGUUCGUUGAGCAGAAGCCCGACGCGGAGUUGAGCACCGAGGAGCUUGAAACUCACGCGAAGGAGAUUGCGGCCUAUAUGCGGCCUUCGCACUAUGUGCUGCUCCCGCCCAGCGGGCUGCCGCUGAAUCGCGUGGCGAAGACCGACUAUGUCGACUUGAAAGAGCGGGCGACGAAGGAAGUCGAACAACUUCGCAGUGCGGGCAAGUGGGAUACGUAG